UUUUACUGAGCCCUUAAUUCCCCAAGAAACUAUCCUUGAGUUCCCUUAAUUUUAAACUAAACAUUUGUGUCUAAUGCUAAGCACCUGUUGCUGCAUGUUUGGCAUGUUGCGUGCGUUGUUCCUUUGUAAUUGCCACCCCCAAUCAUCACCCCAACAAAACCCACCCACAAAUGGCGAAAAAUACUUCCACUGAGCGAACCACAUCCUCCUGUCAAGGAAGAAAUCAAUAGAAUACCACCAAAAGUUUGAUCGAUGGGAUUUCUCCGUUGUUUGUGCAUUGGAAUUGUGUGUUACCCACAGGAAGCGCAUUGGAAAUGUUUACAAAUCUCCGGAAGAGAAUAAGGAAGUUGAGUAAAUCCCGCUCUGUGUCCCCCUUCAUCCCGCCACAGAGGCAAUUCUGUUCAAAUGAAAUUCACGAACCAACCUUUGAGUGUUGCUUCGACGAUGGAAGCUUUCAUGACGGCCCCAAAAUGCGCAAUCCCACGCAGAGUUUCUUCUUUUGGAAUUUAUGUGAUAAACUCGAAAGUGCCCGCAUCACAGACACCACACCGGGGAUUGAGAGGUUGUACGAGAAACUUCCGGAGCACGAUAAGAAGAUUCUCAAUCGCAUGGCUAGGAAGCGCACGGAGGAGAGUCUAAUGGCGGAAGAUGCAGAAAUUGCCCAUAAAUACUGGGAUGAAGAGAAGCAGACACGACGAACGAUGCAGGAGCAACAUCAGGAGCAGCUGAAUCGUGUUAUCCGGGAGAAUCGUGAACGGGAAACGCGUGAGACGGAAGAUCGUCUGGCCACACUGGAAAGUCGCGAAAAGUAUCACCGUGAGAAACUGAAGCGGGAGAUUUGUGACAAAAAUCAACGUCUUAUGCAUCGCCUGCGUAGCCUUCGGAUGCAACGGGAGAUGCGACAGUGUGAGAAGCGACGUACCCAGACACACCGACUCCAGGUGGCUGCUAUAAAUCACCAAGAGCACGAACUUGACAACCAAAUUCGCCAGCAAAUCCUCUAUGAUCAGCUUGAGGUGAAAAUCGCUCGUGCUGACCACCUACGACGUCGCAUCCUUGAUGUCCAGAAGAACCGCAUUCAGGCAGACAAUGAACUCCAGCAGCGUAUUCAUGCCAUCAAGUACCAGGAAGUGCAGCGUCUCAAUCAAUUUCGUCACCACAAACUCCUGCUGCAUGUCAAGGAAACCGAUAGGCGUGCUGAGAAAAUUCGUGAAGCAAAACGACGUGAUCUGGAGGAGUCGCGUCACGUUGCGGAGAGUUCGAGAACCCUUAGAGACUUCAUCAGACGCUCCUUGAGUCCCGAAGUAUUUCGUGCAAUGAACUGUCGCAGCGUGGCAUCCGAUAGACCACUGUCCAAUCUCUCCUUCCAGAGUCACGUUAAACUAGGCUAAGAAAAACUCCGCAGCAAACUUCAUUGGACUAUAUACUGCUUUAUUUUGAGAGGGAGGCACACAUCACCUAUCCCUCAGAUCAACAAGCCACUAAAAUGCAUCAACAAUGAUAUAGAGUUCAAUAAAAUACUCAACAA